AUGUCUGACCAGCAUUUCUUCAACAACCCUUCGCAAUUGGUUGAUUAUGCACUUGAGUCUUGGGCUCUGAUCAACCCAUCACUUGAGGUCGACCACGUCAACAAGAUUGUGUAUCGACGGGAAAUCAAUGUAGAUCAAGUCGCCGUUAUUUCAGGCGGCGGCUCGGGCCAUGAACCUGCAUUUUCUGGCCUUGUUGGCCAAGGCUUCUUAACGGCUUCGGUGGCUGGCACCAUCUUUGCGUCACCAGCGACUGAUCAGAUCCUUAAUGGCAUCAUCAAGUGCAGCAAAACAUCGAAGGGAGUUCUAGCUAUCGUUAUGAACUACACAGGAGACGUGCUCAACUUUGGUGUUGCUAUAGAAAAGGCCCGCACUAUGGACAUUGAGGUCGACAUGGUAGUCGUCGGAGACGAUGUCGGUGUCAGCCGAUCUAAAGGACGCAAAGUUGGCCGUCGAGGAAUAGCAGGAACAGUUCUCGUUCAGAAGAUCGCCUGCGCUCUUGCUGCCCAGGGAAGAAGCCUUCAAGACGUGGCGUCUACAGCUAGGUUGGCAGCAGCGAAUAUUGCUAGCAUUGGAGUCAGUCUUGCUCACGUUCACGUCCCCGGACGAUCCGAUACUUCACGCAACCGCAUCGAGCUCAAUAAGGGGGAGGCUGAACUUGGAAUGGGAAUUCACAACGAAACGGGAUCGAAUUUUGAGAAAGCUGAUGCUGCAGAACUAGUCAAAAAGAUGCUGGAACAGCUACUUGACACUGACGACAAAGAUCGAGCAUUUCUCCAGGUGAACGCCCCGGUGGUACUGAUGGUCAACAACCUGGGUGGUGUGAGUGUCCUUGAACUUGGCGCCAUCACCGCUCUUGUGGGCAGACAAUUGGCGUCUAGCUAUAGCAUCCGACCAAUUCGCGUCCUUUCUGGCACGUAUAUGACGAGUCUCAAUGGCAUGGGUUUCUCAAUCACGUUGCUAAACCUUGACACCAUGAACAACCAUCAUCUAUUGGAGCUACUCGAAGCACCAGCUGAGGCAGUUGGUUGGAGUGCUCUGAUUAAGCCCGAAUCGUGGUGUGCAGCUGAUGCAACGGUUCUUAACAAUUAUGAGACUGGCGAAGAUGAGUCCAAAAUCAGAAAGAGGUCACAGAUCGAGAACGCUGAUGACGUGGGGACAUAUGACGCCGCCAAGGCUACAAACGCCCUUGCCAGCGGAUUAAGGAGGCUUAUUAAAGCGGAGCCAGAGAUCACUCGUUACGACACUAUUGUCGGCGACGGUGAUUGUGGAAUAGGUCUCAAGAGAGGUGCUGAAGCUGUUUUGCACCGCGUUCUGGACCAGCCUCUUGUUGGGAGCGCCGUGUCAGACUUGACUACUAUUUUACCAAUAAUCGAGACUUCUAUGGAUGGAACUUCCGGAGCUCUCUAUUCAAUAUUCCUCAACGCCCUUCUGCACGCCUUUCAGAGCAGAGGGCCAGGACCAGCAACACCUGAGGCUUGGGCCUUCAUGCUUGAGCAGAGUAGCAGUGUUUUAGCUAGAUAUACACCAGCGCGUAUUGGCGACCGUACUGUCAUUGAUGCUCUGGAGCCAUUUAUUCAAGAGCUCGUCAAAACUAACAGCUUGGUCCGAGCAGCAGAGGCUGCGAAGCAUGGGGCAGAAACAACUGUAGGUAUGAAAGCUAGCCUGGGACGGAGUGUAUACAUUGGUGGUUCUGGGUUCCAGCAGGUGCCGGAUCCUGGGGCUUGGGGUUUGAGUGAAUUUCUUGCUGGGCUUGCAGGCUUAGAUAUCAAUUAG